AUGGUCAUCAAGAGUCUCAAAGGCAAGUCAAACGCCAGCGCGCGUUGGGUGCGUCGGCAAUGGAACGAUCCUGUAGUAAAGCAAGCAAAACGAGAAGGUUUUCGGUCCCGUGCGGCCUUCAAAUUGCGCGAGAUUAACGAUCGAUAUCAGAUACUGAGACGAGGCGACGUGGUGCUGGAUUUGGGUGCAGCACCUGGUGGUUGGACACAAGUAGCAGUAGCAGCUACAGCAUUACAGAGCAAAAACAAGCAGCAGAGUUUAAGCUCAAGUCCGAGGGUUGUGGCCGUCGAUCUCAAGCAUUUUGAUCCCGUGGAAGGGGCUGCUAUUGUAGUGGGCGACUUCCGUCAGACGGAAGUGAGGAACCAGUUGAGUGAGGCUUUAAGAGGACGGAUGGCUGACGUAAUACUCAGUGAUAUGGCUCCAUCCUUUUCGGGCAACUUUUUGACGGACAGUCAACAACAAUUACGCUUGUGUCACAAUGCACUUAAGAUGGCAGAGCUAUUUUUACGGCCUGGAGGACACUUUGCGACGAAGAUUUUGCGCUGCGAUGGAUCGGAAGAGUUUCGAGCAGAUCUCAAAGAAGUAUUUGAUGUGGUGAAAGCCAUGAAACCUCAGUCUUCGAGACCAGAGUCUACGGAGAUGUUCAUGGUGGCCAAAGGCUUUAAAGGUGCCAAUAAGGACAAGAACAGUUGUUGUAAAGAGGAAUAG